ACCGAGGUUAAUACCGAUCAAAAUAUAACAUCUACUGAAACUUCUAAAAUACCGUUUAAUGAAACAACUAAUAUUAUUAGCUCUGAUAAUAAAUCGAUUAAUAAACAGUCUAGUGAAUAUCAAUCUGGCGAAUAUCAAUCUGGCGAAAAAAGG